AUGGAUGAUUAUGUGUUCUUACUAUUAGUGGAAAUACCUGGUGGCGGGGAGAGUCUUGAUCAACUUUCUGAGCGUUGUGUUUCCCGCUUGAACGAAAUCGCCAAGAAGCACAAGGGUGAGCGGGUGGUCGUCGUCUCCCAUGAGGCAGUCAUAGAGGAAAUCUGCAGGCACGCCGAUCCAACGAUCUCGGUUGGCAAGAAAAUUCCUAACACCUCAAUCAGCGUUGUCCAUAUCUCCGGUUCCGAUGGCCGUUGGAUCCUGGAGAAGUUCGGGGACGCCGGACACCUCACCGGAGAUGGCUUCCCGCAUAGUGCAUUUGGUGAUGGUUGGAUGCGGCUUGAGGGCUACAACCCCGCCAUUCAACGGCCACAAUGCCGCUUGCCGUGGCGUUUUGAGGUUCUUCAAUUCGUGCCGCGUCCACCGUCUCUGCCCUCGCGCCGCGGCCGCCGACCGCCUCCGCCUCUCCGUGUUUUUACAUUGCAUUUUCUUGGGCGUGUGGUCUAGUAUAAAUGUCAUGAACUUGAUGUAUCAUCACUCUGCAACCGUGUUUCGUUUGCUUGGCUGAAUAGCAAUCAUCAGCAUUCUGGUACAACAAA